UCCGCCCUCUGCCGCCUCUUUAUUUAGCUUUAGCUAAGUUCGGCUAACGUCGCGGCGAGCGGCUUCACACCACUCCCAAAAGCUCGCUGUAACCUAUCCGGUUUAUGGUCGUCUCUUUCUGUCAUACGGGCUCUGUCCACCUUGUUUUGUUCUUUAAUUCUCGUUUUAAGCGUUACUUUUGCGUUUCCGCGUAGACUGUAGGUCUCUUUUCACGGCGUGAGGAAUACAGGAAUAUUUCAGCAGCGGACACCAUGGUGCUCAAGUCCGAGGAGGGCGUCGUGCCAGACGACCUGACCCCUGAGGAGCAGCAGGAGCUGGAGAACAUCCGGAGGCGCAAGCUGGAGCUCCUGGAGGACAUUCGGCGCCUCAAAGAUGAGAUAGCCGAGGUGACCAAUGAGAUUGAGAACCUGGGCUCCACUGAAGAGAGGAAAAACAUGCAGAGGAAUAAACAGGUGGCCAUGGGGCGAAAGAAAUUCAACAUGGAUCCCAAGAAGGGGAUUCAGUUCCUGAUCGAGAACGACCUGUUGAAGAACACCUGUGAGGACAUCGCUCAGUUCCUAUACAAGGGGGAAGGGCUAAACAAGACGGCCAUCGGAGACUACCUGGGGGAGAGAGAUGACUUCAACAUCCAGGUCCUCCACGCCUUCGUUGAGCUACAUGAGUUCACUGAUCUGAACCUGGUCCAGGCCCUCAGGCAGUUCUUAUGGAGCUUCCGACUUCCAGGAGAGGCUCAAAAAAUCGACCGCAUGAUGGAAGCCUUUGCUCAGCGGUACUGCCAGUGCAACCCUGGCGUCUUCCAGUCUACAGACACCUGCUACAUCCUGUCAUUCGCCAUCAUCAUGCUGAACACUAGCCUGCACAACCCCAACGUGAAGGACAAGCCCACAGUGGAGCGAUUCAUCAGUAUGAACCGGGGGAUCAACGCCGGAGGCGACCUGCCGGAGGAGCUGCUCAGGAACCUUUAUGACAGCAUCAAGAAUGAGCCCUUCAAGAUCCCAGAGGAUGACGGCAAUGACCUCACGCACACUUUCUUCAACCCUGAUCGGGAAGGCUGGCUGCUCAAGCUGGGAGGCGGACGUGUAAAAACCUGGAAAAGGAGGUGGUUCAUCCUCACAGACAACUGUCUGUAUUACUUUGAGUACACCACAGACAAAGAGCCGAGAGGGAUAAUCCCUCUGGAGAACCUGAGCAUUCGGGAGGUGGAGGACAAGAAGCCUAACUGCUUCGAGCUCUACAUCUCUGAGAGCAAGGACCAGGUGAUCAAGGCCUGCAAGACAGAGGCUGACGGCCGGGUGGUGGAGGGCAACCACACGUUCUACCGCAUCUCAGCCCCCACGGCCGAGGAGAAGGACGAGUGGAUCAACAGCAUCAGGGCUGCCAUCAGUAGGGACCCCUUCUAUGAGAUGCUGGCUGCCCGGAAGAAGAAGGUCUCGUCCAUGAAGAGGCACUAGGCUGGCCUAGUAGCUGCCUUCCCCCUCCCACUCUCUGUCCCUUUCCCUUCCUCCUUUGCACUUCUGAAAUUCAGCCAUGUCAAUCUCAACCAGUAGGGGGCAGUAAGAUGGUUCUAAGGCGGUUUUCCCCUACACUUCUCCAGACCCCAUACUGCCUUUGGUUCACAUCCUGUCCCUCACUAAUGGUCAAACCCCAAAUAUGCUGUCAGUCAGACUGAGAGACACAGAGCGGCUCUGACAGUGUGGCACACUGAACCAGAAUCCUGCAAACAAUCUAAUGUGCUUUACUGUGUAUAGACGAUACAGGUAACCUAUCUAUUUUUACAGCGAACACUGUAAUGGUUUUUUUUUUUUAUCAUUAUUAUUAUUUUUUUUGAAUGGUUAAUUUUGAGAGACAUUUUGUGAGUUCUGAAGACACAAAGGUCGUUCUAACCCUUCUGGAAUCUCGUUUACAAAAGAAUAAUGGUGAUGAGUUAAGAUGCAGUUUAUUUUGCCAAAGCUGCCUCAGAGGUUGGUUUGCCUGACUGGGACAUGAAGAUGGUACUCAGACAGAGCUCAGCUGUGACCUGGGAGUUUGGGGCACCGGGAUUGUCAGAAAGCUUGGAUGCGUGUUUGGGUAUAGUCCAGCUGUCAGACGGCACGGAAAUGGGCAAGGAUAGCAGACCGGAGUAUCCACAGGGUCUCCGGAAGCUCCUAAAUCUGUGACCUGUCAGAAUCAUGGAAAGAUCUUGGCCUGAGCCCUAACUUGGGGCUGCAGGAGGCUUGGUUGGAAUUCCUGCAGCCACGGGACCCUGACUUUUGUCCUGAGUUCAUCUCCUGCCAAAGGCACAAAAUGCUGAGUCUCGGACUGCCACCUCCGUGGCCACAGCCCUCCUCACGAUGGACUGGUUAGACUGGACUUCAAAGUUCCUAAUAGUUUAAUAAUGUUCUGCUUACGUUUCAUUUACACAUCAUAAUGGGGGGGGGGGGGACUACAGAGCCAGCUGUUUAAACAAAUCUGUUUUAUGAAGCUUUAUCGUUUUUGGUGGGUUCCUCUUAAAUCUCUCAUCAGUGCACUGAUGAUCUGACCCCCCAAGUCACAUGGCUGAGAGUAUUUGUAUAUUUAUCAAGGUUGUAUAUACUUAAAUGUAGAGGAUUUGGUCUUUAUUUUAUAUCGUCAAGUAUUCAGUUUGUUCAGCAAUAUCUUAAAAUACUUCCUUUUUUUCCACUCCGGUUUCUGAUUUCUGUCAUGUAAUCUAGGAUUGGUUUAAAGAAAUAAAAGUUAAUGAAUUUCACAUUC